AUGAUUCCCGGUGACCUAUUCGAGAAAAAAAAAGAAAUCUUUGCUGGUGCUAAUUUAAUCAAUCAAACAAUCAUGACUGAUAAUUGGGCAACUGAUCAUGACGAUCAUGCACCAUUUGGUUCCGAUGAAAACAUUCAUGUUACGGAGUAUGUUUCGCUUUUAAUCACCAUCUUCUUCUUCUUGAUUGGUUUGAUUGGAAACGGGGUUAUGAUAAUCGGUAAUGGAUACAUUCUUCGGCAUACACCAGGCGGAGAAAAACGUACCUUCGAAAAUUUCCUUAUGGAAAUCAUCUGUUUUGAUUCGAUCGUUUUAUCGUACCAUUUGAUAAAUUCAAUUAUACGUUACAAAGCAUUACCUGAACAAGAUAAUGACAUUAUGACUGGUCUGAUUAACAUUUCAACGGUUUGCUGUAAAUUAUUAACGUAUAUUGUACGAGUGUCCACCUUAAUGUCACAUUGGUUAAUCGUUUUAUCGCUUCUGAAUCGAUUGUUUCUUGUUUAUCCGAAGUUUUAUCGAUUAAUUGCGAUCGUUAAUGCAAAAUACGCGGUCUUUGCCCUUUUGUUUAUCUUCACUCUUUUCAAUGUUCCAUCGAUCGAAACCAUGUCAUACAAUGAACCGUUAAUAUUUUCUCCAAAUGCGACGAUGAACGUCACAUUUCAUCGUCAUUGCCUGAUGAACGCCGAAAUGGUUGACUUACACGCAUCAAUCUACUCGACAUCUGUUAUUGUCAACGUGUUUUUCUAUACCGGUCUCGGUUUGAUCUUAGCGACGAUCGUUAUUUUUGUCCUCUCAAUAUUCAUUUUUCAUAAAGGAUCACAAUUGUGGAAUGAAUUACGUAGUCAUCAUUCGGAAACCGAGAAUAUUUCACUUCGUUAUGAUUCUCCGAUCGUCGAAUAUCUUCGAACAUACAACGCAGCGUUUUCUUUAGGAAUUAUCUUUGUUAUCCUUUCAAUUCCAUGUAAAAUUCUGCGAUUGAUCGUUUUAUUUGCUUCGAAUUAUGUUGAUGAAUAUCCUUCAUCGAACAACAUCCUUCUCAAUGCUCAUGCUCACAUGCAAACCAUUGGCUUAGCUUUCGAAUUAUCACUUUAUUCUUACAAAAGCUUCGUCUUCGCCUGUACAAAUCAUCGCUUUCGUUGUGCGUUAAAAUACUUACUAAGAUAUCAACGAAGUCGGGUCAUUCUCGAUCAAAGCAUCGCGACAAGAACGCAUUCAAACGGUAGUGCAGGCGGUCACGAAUUACUUCAAUCGAGUCAUUCUCAAGAUGGUGUACCAUUCGAAGGAUUGUAUAGGCAUUUGCAGAAGGAUGAUUUCGAUUUUCCCAUGCAACUUACUCGACCGAAUGGAAGGAGUGAAAGCGGUGGAGCGAGUUCUUAUAGUCAUCGUUCAAGUUUUAAAACCCGCUCGAGUGUUUGCAGUCGUCGAACGAAAGAAGAUGAAAUUUCACUUUAA